AUGUCAGCGGCCGGCCUGCGGCUGCAAAGGGACUUGGAAGCGCUGGACAUACCCUCAAUGGCGCAAAUUGAAGUGGUCGCGGCACCGUUGCCGCUAGCGAAAGACCUGCCGCUGCUAAGACUUACAAUCGCGCCAGACGAGGGCUACUACAGCGGCGGUAAGUUCAACUUCGAUAUAGCUUUCAGCGCGGGAUACCCGAUCGAGCCGCCGCGGGUCCGCUGUCUCAACAGGAUUUUCCAUCCCAACAUAGAUUACCAGGGCAAGAUCUGUCUGAACAUCCUCCGAGAGGACUGGUCGCCGGCAUUGGAGCUGCAGAGCGUCGUGAUAGGCAUAAUAUUUCUCUUCCUCGAGGUCUCUGAGAAGGACCCGCUCAACAAGGACGCUGCAGCAAUGCUAUCGCGCGACCGCGUCGAGUUUGCGCACGCAGUGCGCCGCUCGAUGGCCGGGGACACUGUCCACGGGCAACGCUACGAUAACGUACUCCGCUGA